UUUAAAGGUUUUGAACGGAGGGACGUUUGAAAUCAGACAAGCGGCGUUGGGGGGAAGUGUUAGCCUGCCUCUGAGCUUCAAAUCGCUCCUAAUAGUUUACUUUGAAUCUAAUUUACCUGCAUUUACAUUUUCACAACAUCGAUUUACAGGGAGACCUACUGCGAAAUCCACCUCGCUGUAGCCUCACAGUGGCUCUUUAUGUAAACUGUACGCAAACUACGCUCGUUAUCUGGCCGUUGUAUGUUAGCUGCUAGCUACCGAGGGUAAGCUAUCUGCUUUGAGAGCUACUCUGGGUUUGAUAAGUUACCGGUCAGCAUUUGCUCUCGACCACUGUGCAAUAACACAUUCAGAAUAUGGACUCUGCUGCCAAACUCAAGCUGACAAAGGACAUGAAGCUCCAAAGGCCCGAAGUGAAGCCAAAUGGUGACGGGCCAAAGCGGGUUCCUGUGUCCCAACAGUCGCAGAUGGCUGUGGUUACACCAACUCAGCAGUCGCGUGUCCUUGGUGUGUCAAAUGGACCUCAGCGUAUUCAGCGGCCCAUGAGCCAUCAGAAACCAGUGUCUCAUGUCUCUGCUACUGUCAAGUCCACACACCACACUGAUCAGAAUGUGAACCCUGCUAAUCAGAAAAGAAAUCCUGCGACUCAAAAAAGCAAUCCUGCACCGCAGCCCAAACCUACUUCGCUGCAACAAAACCAGCCAAAGACAAAUGUGCCCAAGGUGAACCCAGAGCCUGCCAAACCACCAUCAGAAUCUGCAAAGCCGGAGAAGCCACAGAACAAAUCUGCCAAGAAUGAUUCUGCAAACGCCUCUGCAUCAAACAAGCGAUGGAGCCUGGAGAAUUUUGACAUUGGCCGUCCUUUAGGAAAGGGUAAAUUUGGCAAUGUCUACCUGGCCAGAGAGCGACAGAGCAAGUUCAUCUUGGCACUGAAAGUGCUCUUCAAGAAGCAGCUGGAGAAGGCCGGAGUGGAGCAUCAACUGAGGAGAGAAGUGGAGAUCCAGUCUCACCUCAGGCACCCAAAUAUCCUGCGUCUCUACGGUUACUUCCAUGACCAAUCUCGUGUGUAUCUCAUCCUUGAGUUCGCACCCAGGGGUGAACUGUACGGCGAGCUGCAGCGCUGUGGAAAUUUUCCAGAGGAUAGGAGUGCCACAUACAUCAUGGAGCUGGCAGAUGCCCUCAACUAUUGCCACUCCAAGAAGGUGAUCCACAGGGACAUCAAACCAGAGAACCUGUUGCUCGGGUCCAACGGGGAGCUGAAGAUUGCAGACUUUGGCUGGUCUGUUCACACACCCUCCUCCAGGAGAUCCACGCUGUGUGGAACACUGGACUACUUGCCUCCGGAGAUGAUUGAGGGAAAAACUCACGAUGAAAAGGUGGACCUGUGGAGUCUCGGCGUCCUUUGCUACGAGUUCCUUGUUGGAAAACCACCCUUUGAAGCAAAAACUCACGAGGAGACCUACCGCAGGAUAUCGAGGGUGGAGUACACUUACCCUGCACAGGCUAACAUCAGUGCUGGAGCCAAAGAUUUGGUCGCUAAGCUGCUGAAGCACAACCCUAUGCACAGACUGCCCAUCCAGGGAGUCCUGUCCCACCCCUGGGUGGUUGAGUGCUCCACCAAGAAACCCACAACCAUGAACAACACAGAGCCCAGCCAAUGAGCCUUUUGGUUCCACUCCACCCAAUAUCUGAGGGCUGUACAUGCGAGGUUGGUGGAGUGCAGAACACCGGCUUUGAAACAUGUGAAACAUGAGCGCUGUGCAGCUGAUUCAUCAGAAUCUGCUCGUACUGAUACAUUGACUACAAAAUCGCUUCACGUGGAUGUGUUUGUCUGCAGGCAUCUUGAGCCACUUGGUUACCUUUCCUAACCUUUUAUCUUCUCGCGUUUCCUCGUCUUGCCAGUGGCAUUCUAUUGCCUGUAAAUAUUUUUUUUUUUUUGUGUAAUUAUGAGAAUUUUAUCGAGCUUUUCUAAAAUGCCAUUACUUGAAAUAAAAAUAAAUUAUCUUUCAUGGAAUAUGUCACUUUAGAAUUAAGCAGUAUAUAUCUGUCGUGUGUGGGGGGGGUACUUUCUAUGUUUUAUCUUAUUUGCAUUUCAAGCUCUCACUAAAUUGUCUCGAGGUCUUGGUUACCAAGGCUUUGCACUAAUGUCUGAGUGAGACGCUUCGAUCAGCACCCAAGUACUGUUUUAUCAAGCUCCUCCAGUGGCACGUGGCCAGCAGAGGGCCCCAGCAUACCACUAGAACUGAACUGGGAACACGUUACAUAUUUUAGAUAGUAUUAAUACCACCCACUGUUAAUAAACCUGUUCUACAGCACAUUGGAAAUGAUGUUCUGCAAUAAAAAUGGAAUGUAAAGAAGUUGUAGCUUAAGAGGAUUGUAUCAUGAUGUUUUGACAACAGAGAAAUUAAAGGGACUUGUAUCCAGACGUCUAAA